CUUAUUGCAAGCCUGUUGAAUAUUAGUUUAAGGUCAUAGAGGGUCAAGUGGUGGUAAAUUUGACCGUUGUCGAUGUAAUUGCAGCCUAAGUUUGGUUCACUGGUUUAAAGUAUAUCUUGACUUUGAUCUUGUUUAUUGCCCCCUUAUUUUAUUCUGCUUUCGUAUAUUAAUUAUAACGCCUCUUACGUUCCACUUGCGUUAGCUUGUGUCUUUCACUAUUUCUUUUACAGAUUUGUUUUCCUCGCUCUACCACAGCAGAAAACACUGAAGAUAUAUAGUUCUACUGAGUCGUCGUGCUAAUUGCUCGCACGCAUAAAUUUCGUCUUAACCAUGGCGUCUAGGGUUGGUCGUAGACCUGAAGGUACAGAUGGUGCUGAUUUUCGUCAUAGAGAACGAGUUUGUACUCAGUACAGCUUGAGCCCAUUAUUAAAACGUCGCAUCAAAUUUGUUUAUUUUCUCCACCUGAUGUUGUGGGUGCUCAUGUUUGCUCGCUUGUUACCGGAACUGUGCUUAAGACUUGGAUUCCGAACAAGGCUUAUGGUGGAAAAGUGGCCGUUUCCUCAAGGCGAGUUGUGGGAGUACGUUUGGUUUUUCGGUAGUAUCUUCCCUACCCUAUUCGGAUAUAUUUCAUUACAAAGAAGUCGAGCUGGAUUAAUGCGGGUUUCUCUUACUGGAACUGUCGUCUUCGGUCUUGGCACUGUUGCUGUUGGGUGCUUUACAAACGCAUUCGAGCUGAUGACCUAUUACCAAAGUCGUGUGGCUAAGCACUAUUUCUAUGAAUUUCCCGUUAUCGUUUUGGCCUACAUAUUUUUCUCUUUAUGUGUUCAGGUACACGGCUUCUCUGUCUAUUUCGGCUACAAGUUAUACUGUAUCUGGUCUGUCAAAGUGCGCAAGGCGCGGUGAUUGUUGUUCCCAAACUCAUUUGCUUCACAGUGAUCAAUGGAUGCAGAGAGUAUUCCCUCUUUUUGCAUUACUUGUGUUGGGAACCUAACUGUUUUAAAAGACCGAGUACAUUUUUUAAAUGAAUGCAUCAGUUUCCAAAUGUUUGUGUACAGUUCUUCGUUAAAAAGUACUGUUAGGUUUUUGUAAUUAUUUUCGCUAAAUUUAAACAGUUGUUAUCAAUUCUUCCGUAUGUACAUAGAACAUAGCUUUAAUAUAUAUGGCAUAUCUACAGUCUCUUGUCAAUAACCUUGUUUAUUUCGCUACGACUUAGUUCACGAAUGUCUGGAAUGUAAAAAGUGUGUUGGUUCCCAUCAGAAGUGCAUUGUGUGCCGAAAGUUUUAGAACAUUCAAAUUCAUCUUUAGCGAACGGGUUUGUAGAUUACAGAGUUAUUAGGUGUAGGAAGGAUUUGAAAGCG